AUGGCGUUCGCCGCGCGGAGGAGCAUCGCCACCCGGCUCUCUCACCAUCUCACCUGCCACCUCCAUCCCUGCGUUCCACACGCGCUUACCUCCCACUCCCUUGACGAGCAGGCGAGCCCCUCGCCGCCGCUCCCGCUCCCGCCACUUCACGCCCCGCUCCAGCAACGUUCUAUAGCGGCCCAAACCCUAGGCUUCCUCCCUUUCUCGCUCCACCUCGCGGGACCAACGCGCCGCAGCUUCUCGUCCUCGGCCCCCGCCCCCGCCCCCAACCUCGAGGCCGCACCAGCCGCCGAGGUCGAUGCCGCGGGCGUCCUUGCAGAUGCAGCGGAGGCGGCGGCGGCAGUGCCGGCGCCGUUCCCGGGGGAGGUAGCCGCCGCGGCUGCCGACUCGUUCCCCCCGGUUGCCGCACUUCAGCACAUGAUCGACGCCAUCCAUACCUUUACCGGGCUGAACUGGUGGGCGUGCAUCGCACUGACAACGCUUAUUAUCCGGAGCGCCACGAUCCCGUUGCUUGUGAACCAGUUGAAGGCCACGACGAAGCUAAGAGCAAUAAAUCCAGAGAUGGAAGCCAUUAAAGACCAGAUGGAUAGUAUGGAUCCAAAAUCAGCACAGGAGGGACAAGCUAAAAUGAAAGCGCUGUUCAAAAAACAUGGUGUUAGUCCACUUACUCCAAUGAAAGGACUCCUGAUCCAAGGGCCAAUGUUCAUGAGCUUUUACUUUGCCAUAUCAAACAUGGUUGAGAAAGUACCUUCAUUCAAAGGAGGUGGAGCAUUGUGGUUUACUGACCUGACGACUCCAGAUUCUCUUUACCUCUUGCCUGUGUUAACAGGACUGACCUUCUUGGCCACAGUGGAGCUUAACUUGCAACAAGGAAUGGAGGGAAAUCCUAUGGCCGGUAAAAUGAAGUACUUUUCUAGAGGAAUGGCUGUUUUGACAGUCCCAUUUACAAUGAAUUUUGCUAAGGAAUAUGUUGCCACUAAAAAUCUGAAGUGA